GGUAAGUACACCUAUAGCACUAGAAGGUAUUUUUCUUAUUGUCCCAUGUUUCUAAUCCACACUCAAACGUGGCCGUAUUCCACUAUGUCUGGAAACGUAAGUUCCUCUACAGAGGAUGUAAAAACCCAUAAAGUUCUUAUUUACUUCCUUGAGCGAAUUCGAAGUGCCAAGGAUAAUGCUGGGAACUCGCUUUCUAAAGUAAUUGAAACGAAUCCACUAUCGGACAACCCUAAUGAUUUAUUUGCUAGCAAUCGGCCAACCUGUUUAAAAGCAAUCCAACUGAAGAUUGAAAGCUCUGCUUAUCGCGAUUUAUCGGAAUUCGUCUUUGACAUCGCUCAAUUGAUCGCAAAUGUGAAAUUUUUAUACCACGGUUCGCAAAGCUUCAGUCUCGUUUGCAUGUUAGAAGAAUUUUGUAUUCUCCAGUGGCAGAUGUUGCACCAGCAAGGAUUUACAGCUAUGACUCUAUGGCCUCAAGCUCAAGCAUCCCAUGCCAUGAUGAGUCAGAAAAGUACUACCUCCAACACUUUCCGGCCUGCUUCCACUUCGCCCCAAAGCGGGCUUUCUACGAACGCAUCAGAAGCACCCAGACAAGUAAAGCAUGAAGAACAACCAUCUGAUCAGGAUUCAGAGUUGUAUGGGGAAGAAGCGGAAGCAGACACAGAAUUAAAGAGAAAGUUUGCUCGAGAUGAAUCCUUUGCGAAAGAAGAGAAUGUCAAGCAUAGAAAAUUGCAACAAUUCCCAUCGAAACCUACCGUUCCUCUAGAAGCAAAAGCAAAGGCAAUAAUGCGUCAGGUUCGCAGGUAUCGGGAUGUGAACGGAAGGCAAUUAUUUGCUCCCUUUGAACGCUUACCGGAUCCAAGGAUGUUUCCCGAAUAUUAUCAAGCGAUUCAACGUCCUAUGGCCCUCGACGUGAUUCAAAAGACUUUAAACAAAAACCAAUAUUCAUCGCUUGAUGAGUUCAUUUCAGAUUUUAAUCUCAUGUUUAAUAAUGCUAAAUCUUUUAACGAUCCUUCUAGUCAGGUAUUUCGUGAUGCAGACUUUUUGCAGAAAUAUUUAGCAGAUGUAAUUCAAAUGGAAUUGGGUAGAUUGGAUGUUGAAGGUGGUGCCUACGAUGUGGAUUCUUCUCACACUUCUCAGAGAUACGACAAGCAAUAUCAGACAUCCAUUAUGUAUGAAGGUACUCCGCUGAGCAUAGGUGACUGGGUAUUAUUAAAAAAUCCAUCUGACUUUAAUAAACCGGUUGUUGCACAAAUCUUCAAAAUUUGGAAUUCAGCUGACCAAACACCUUGGAUUACCGUGUGCUGGUAUUUUCGCCCUGAACAAACCGUACACCGUGCCGAUCGCAUCUUUUAUGAAAAUGAAGUAUUUAAAACAUCUCUUUAUAGAGAUCAUCCCCUGUCGGAUAUAAUUGAACGAUGUUUCGUUAUGUAUAUUACUCGCUACGUGCGAGGAAGACCUAAAGGUAUUCGCUCAACUCCAGUCUUUGUCUGUGAGUCUCGCUAUAAUGAUGAUACGAAGCAAUUCAGCAAAAUAAAAUCAUGGAAAGGAUGCAUGCCUGAAGAAGUUCGAGGAUUCGACUACGAAAUGAUACUUUUUGAUCACACUAUCCCUCCAAAUAAAGUUCCUAGCCCUUUGCUUCACUUAUUGUCGGGAAGACCCCAAAUGACGGAUACUCAAACACAGAUGGCUUUAUUUGGUAAUAAUAGUAUGAACGCUGCUCCUGCUCAGGGUGUUAUAUUGCCAACUUCUACAAAUGUUGAUGACAAUUUGAAUCCAAAUCGCGUUAUUUCUCCGUCUCCUUCCGACUCUUUUUCCUCAACUCCGAAACCAUCUCAUUUGAACAAUGGUACUCCUCCUGUAAUGCCCACUUAUGCUAGAAAGACUAGUACUCACUCGGACCGUACGCAAUCCCAUCUUUCAAGAAUGGGUUUGCCAAGUCCAGGGAUCUACGGUCCCGCAGGUGGGUAUCCUUUGGGAAAUCAAAGCAAUGUGGGCUCUUUACCAGCGCGUCCUUUUUAUGGUGGUACACAAGAUGCUACACCCGUUUCGCAGCCUGCAAAUUUAUCUAAUCUAUACGGGUCAAAGAUGAAUCCUCAAUACACAAAAACAAAUGUAACACCGCAAGGUACACGUACUUCCGGAUCAGUUGGAAGUCUUUCCGGACUAUCAACUCCUUUGGGUACUGCAUACAACUUACAUAGAAUACCGCCUCUUCCUUCAUAUACGGCUGCCUUUAUAGUCCCAGGAACUCAUCAAAAAGAAAAUGGUAGUGCUUCUGGACAAGGUAUUGAUGAUAGAACGAUAAUUAACGUUGACACAGUGAAUGUUCUCAAUAAGGAUGACUCUGGUAAUGUAUUAUGGUAUUCUGUUCCACCUCAAGAUCCGGUACCAAUACAAAAUUAUAAUUCUAAUUUAAGUCAUUCGUUAGAAUAUUUGGAAUUUAAAAGAAAAAAGAACGAGAAUAAAAGUGGAAGUUCUCAAGCUUCUGCUGCCAAAGAAGAAACGGCCAAGCAUGACAAACUAAUCGGUUCAGCUUUAGAAAAACUGCAUGAUUUGCAAGUGCAACAAAUUAACAUAUUAAAGAAUGAUUUGUCUAGCAUAGAACACUAGUUAUGGCUAUGUUGCUUGAAUUUAGAUGCAUAUCUCUGUACAAUAGAUCUUUCUCUUCAUCAA